AUGGCGGCCCAGCAGCACAAGCUCCUCAUCGCCAAUCGAGGCGAGAUCGCCAUGCGCAUCCUGCGCUCGGCGCGCGACCUCGACAUCCCCACCGUCGCCCUCGCCCACGACGCCGACGCUGCUGCGCCGCACGCUCUGCAAGCCGACGAGACCGUGCUCGUGCCGGCCUACAUCGAUCAAGACGCCGUUCUCCAAGCCUGCCGCGACACGGGCGCGACCAUGAUCCACCCUGGCUACGGCUUCCUUUCCGAGAACGAGGAGUUCGCCGCCAAAGUCGAAGCGGCCGGCCUCCUCUGGCUCGGCCCGACCGCCGACCAAAUCGCCUCGAUGGGCCUCAAGCACGAGGCGCGCGCUCGCGCCAUCGCGGCCGACGUGCCCGUCCUGCCCGGUUCGGAGCUCGUCUCGACGCUCGACGCCGCCCUCGAGCAGGCGCAGCGGGUCGGGUUCCCGAUCAUGUUGAAGGCGACGGGCGGCGGCGGAGGAAUGGGCAUGUCCAUCUGUGGGAGCGAGACGGAGCUCGAGAAGAACUUUGAGAGCACUGUCGGCAUGACCAAGACGCUCUUCUCGAACGCCGGCGUCUUCAUCGAGAAGUUUAUUCCGAGCGCGCUCCACAUCGAGGUGCAGGUGUUCGGCGACGGCAAGGGCAAGGUGAUCCACGUCGGCGAGCGCGAGUGCAGCGCGCAGCGGCGCCAGCAGAAGGUGCUCGAGGAGGCGACGUCGCCUUUCAUCGAUCGACACCCCGAGAUGCGCGACGCCAUGUGCUCGGCGGCGGUGCGGCUGUGCGAGCUCAUCAAAUAUCGGUCGGCCGGUACGGUCGAGUUCAUCGUCGACAACACGCAGGCCAAGUUCUACUUCCUCGAGCUCAACAGCCGGAUCCAGGUCGAGCACGCCGUGACCGAGAUGGUGCGGCCAGGACUUGAUCUCGUCGGCCUCAUGAUCAAGCUCGGCCUUGCGAGCCAGGGCUCGUCGGCUUUCUCGCUGCCCGACCAGGCCGAGGUCGCCAACGCGCACGGCCACGCUAUCGAGGCCCGCAUCUACGCCGAGAUCCCGCACCUGAACUUCAAGCCGUCGCCCGGCCUCUUGCAGGAGGUCAAGUUCCCGUCGGCCGACUGGAUCCGGGUCGACACCUGGGUCGAGACGGGCACCACGGUGUCGUCCUUCUUCGAUCCGAUGAUCGCCAAGCUCAUUUGCCGCGGCUCAACUCGCGAGGAGGCGCGCACUCGCCUCGACCAGGCGCUCAAGGACACGAUCCUCCGUGGCACGUCGACCAACCUCGAGUACUUGCGCACGAUCGUCAACUGCAAGGAGUUUGUCGCCGGCGAGAUGACGACCAAGUUCCUCGACUCGUUCCCGUACACGCCCGCCUGCAUCGAGGUUGUCGACGGCGGCAUCUCGACCACGGUCCAGGACGGCCGACCUCGUCUUCCUUCCGGCGGCGACGGCAUUCCUCGCAGCGGCUUCGCCGACCCGCUCGCCGCCAAGGCGGCCAACAUCCUCGUCGGCAACGCGCCUGACGUCGAGCUCCUCGAGGCGACCGUCGGUGGCCCGUCGCUCAAGUUCAGCACGGCGUCGGUCGUCGCCGUUACGGGCGCCGAGGCCGACAUCUUCAUCGACGAGGACAAGAAGCCGAUGUGGUCGCGCUUUGUCGUUCCUGCAGGCGCGACGCUCGAGGUCGGCGCGUGCGAGGGCAGCGGCCAGCGCCUGUACAUCGCCGUUCGAGGCGGCUUUCCCGAGGUGCCGCUCUUUGCGGGCUCCAAGUCGACUUUUACUGCGGCCAAGUUUGGCGGCGUCCAGGGCCGCGAGAUUGUCGCCGGCGACAUCAUCACGCUCGCUGUCGACGGCGCCUCUAGCUCCGACACGACCGACUUUACCCUGCCUGCCGCCACGCUCCCGUCGUACCCGUCGAGCUGGACCCUCGCCGCCUUGGUCGGCCCGCAGGCCGACGACGACUACCUCCUCGCCGAGGACCGCGAGCUCCUGUACUCGACGACCUACACCGUCUCGUCCGACUCGAACCGCCUCGGCAUUCGGCUGCAAGGGCUCAAGCCGCUCAAGUACAGCCGGGUCGACGGCGGCGCCGGCGGGUCCCACCCUUCAAACUGCGUCGAGCACGGCUACACGACGGGCAACGUCAACAUGAACGGCGACGUGCCUGUGCUCCUCGGCAGCGAUGGGCCCGACUGCGGCGGCUUGAUCUGUGUCCUCGGCUUGGUCCAGGCCGACUGGUGGAAGAUGGGUCAGCUGCGCUCGGGCGACACGUUCCGCUUCGUCCAGCCAUCGUUCGACUCGCUCCCCGGGCAGACCGAGAAGCAGCAGAACUGGCUCGACGCCAUCGCCGAGGCCGUUAAGUCGAGCUCGACGCACGCCGUCGUGCCGUUCCCGCUCGACGUUCCUGCCUCGUCGAGCACGACCAUCUCGGACGGCCUCAUCAAGGUCAUCGAGGCGGACGAGUCGGUCGAUGCGCCUAGAUUGAGCUUCAAGCAGUCGGGCGACGGCGGCAUCCAGAUCGAGAUCGGCACGGAGCAGACGCUGUCGUUCCGCACCCGCCUCAUUGCCGAGCUGUGGGAGCGGCGUCUGCGCGCCAAGAACAUCUCGGGCCUGUACGCCUUCAUUCCCGGUGUCGCGUCGCUCCUCGUCAAGUUCCACCCCGAGAUCCUGCCGCAGAGCGAGCUCGUCGAGCUCCUCGUCUCGACCUCGACCGGCCUCGCCGAGGAGUCGCUCGACCAAGUCGUCCCUUCCCGGCGCAUCCACCUUCCUGUCGUCUUCAACGACUCGAGCCUGGCCGAGACGAUGCGGCGGUACAAGGAGUCGACCGGCCGCACCAAGGCGGUCUACCUCGAGCCGUCGAACAUCGAGUACCUCGCCAAGGCCAACGCGAUGAGCGGCUCGAAGGAGGUCGCCGACACGUUCUGCUCGUGCGACUGGUUCGUCGUCUCGCGCAGCUUUUUCGCCGGCCUGCCCAUGAUGGGCCCGUUCUCGCAGCGCUGCAUCUUUUCGAGCCAGAAGUACAACCCGACCCGGACAUUCACGCCCGCCGGCUCACUCGGCCUCGCAGGCGUCAUGAGCGCCAUCUACCCGGUCGACAGCCCCGGCGGGUACCAGCUCCUCGGCAAGACCUUGACGCCCUUCAGCCCUUGGGGCCGGUACGAGGCGGCAGCCGGGAGCGACUACGAGGCCAAGUUCUUAUUGCGCAACUUUGACGUCGUCCACUGGCUCCCGCUCGAGGAGGACGAGUUUCUCAAGAUCGAGAAGGCCUUUACGGCGGGCUCGUACAAGCCCAAGAUCGAGAGCUUCAAGAUCUCGGCCAAGGAGGUCCUCGAGUUUGAGCGCAAGACCAAGGCCGAGGCCCAGCAGGAGGCCCACCGUCGCAAGGAGGGCUUUGCGGCGCUGAACAAGCAGGAGGCCGUCUACGUCGCCGAGUACCAGGAGCAGCUCGAGAAGGCCAAGGAGGCAGAAGCGGCGGCGGCAGCGGCAGGCUCGGGCGGCAAAUCGGGCACGAUGACUGGCACCCCUCUCAAGUCCCCUGUACUCGCGACGGUGCGCUCGCUCGGCGUCAAGGUCGGCGACGUCCUCACGAGCGACGUCGUGCCGGUCACGGUCGAGCGAUGAAGACGUCGGUGGACAUUCGCCUUCCUCGAGCUCUGGUGUGCAAGACGGUCUCGGGCAUCGCGUGCGAGGUUGGAGAUGUCGUGCGACCGGGCCAGGCGCUCCUUUUCGCGCAGUGAGCUGGUCUCUCUCCCUUUCUCUCUCUCUCUUUGUGUACUCUCGUUGCCCGAGCUUUCGUAUCUGUAAAACGAUAGUUGCGAGACAGAGG